AUGGCAGACGGAGGUGAGGAAGAAGAAGAUGAAGCGCGUGGAAACACAACUCCCAACACUAAAGAAGCCAUCAAAGAUAUGGCGUCGAAAUUCUCGGGUUCUUCAAAACAAUCCAAGCCAAUCUCAGGCUCCUCAAGCAGCAACUUGAGGAAAGAACAGAGAAAGUUUCCGGAUUUUGACACUGCAUCGGAUAGUGUUCCAUACCCUUAUAUGGGUGGAAGCACGAGUUCGACUCCUGCUUGGGACUUCACUAGCUCGUCCCAUCAUCAAGCUGGACGGUCAGACUCAAGAUUCACAUCAAUCUAUGGCAAUGAGCGCGAAUCCAUCUCUGCUCAGUCGUGUGAUGUGGUACUAGAGGAUGAUGAGCCAAAGGAGUGGAUGGCUCAAGUAGAGCCCGGUGUUCACAUUACAUUUGUGUCACUUCCUAGUGGAGGAAAUGAUCUUAAACGGAUACGUUUCAGCCGGGAGGUAUUCGACAAGUGGCAAGCUCAGAGAUGGUGGGGUGAGAACUACGAUAGAAUUGUUGAGCUUUACAAUGUUCAGAGAUUUAAUCGGCAAGCCCUUCAAACCCCUGGUAGAUCCGAGGACCAGUCGCAGAGAGAUUCAACUUACACAAGAAUCGAAUCAGCAAGAGAAAGCAGAGACUGGACACCAAGAAACAACUUCAGACCUCAAGGAGGCAGCAGCAUCCCACAUCACUUCUAUGGACCUCCAAUGGACGCAGCACGAACCACAACCUCGUCUAGGGAUGAACCGCCUUCCAUGAGUAACGCUAGUGAAAUGCAAGCUGAGUGGGUCGAAGAGGACGAGCCAGGGGUUUACAUUACCAUCAGACAGUUACCAGACGGGACCAGAGAACUACGCCGUGUCAGAUUCAGUCGGGAACGGUUUGGGGAAGUGCAUGCCAAGACAUGGUGGGAGCAGAACAGAGACAGAAUACAAACACAAUAUCUCUAA